UCAAGCAUCAGUAGCACCAGACAGGAAUGGUUCAUUUAUUUUUUGUAUGUCCGUGACCUUGGCCCAAAUUCCAUCCCAUGACAGGGAUGGAGAGGAACCGUGUAAUCUCGGAUAGAAAUAGAUUUGCCCUCUGGUUUAAAGGAACCAAGAUAGGACAAACCUAUGCUGAGCAGAGCUUUUUAGGAUGCGAGACAAUAAAUCCAUAACGAUUUCUGUUUUAGACAGAUGUUUCUUGACACACACACAUACACACAGACCCCCGCUUCCUUAGCAAACUUAUUAUUAAUGACUUCCCAUGGUGGAAGUGGUGAGUGUGAUAUGACAUUGUUUCCUGUUGUACUUGAAAUAAUCGCAGAUGCGCUUUACAAAACUGGAUACGAUCACACAGUUCCCUCAUCAGUACACAGAGAAACAAUCACUGCACUGAAGAGUUUAGAGGAACGCUGUCAGCGGAUCCUGCAGGAGAUGGAGGGGUCUUUGACGGCUCGGGACAGGGUGGGCAUUCAGGACUUUGUUCUCCUAGAUGCCUACACCAGUGAGACAGCAUUUAUGGACAACGUCAGAAAACGGUUCAACGAGAACCUCAUAUAUACCUACAUCGGGACCCUCCUGGUGUCAGUUAAUCCAUAUAAGGAGUUGGGUAUCUAUACCAAGAAACAAAUGGACAUUUAUAUGGGAGUCAACUUUUUUGAGCUGCCUCCUCAUAUAUUUGCACUUGCUGAUAACGUUUAUCGGACAAUGAUUAGUGAAACCAACAACCACUUCAUCCUCAUCUCUGGUGAGAGUGGUGCUGGUAAGACAGAGGCCUGUAAGAAAGUCCUGCAGUUCUAUGCAGUAAGCUGUCCCAGCACUAGACUCCUGGACAACGUAAGAGAUCGGCUCCUUCUUUCCAAUCCGGUGCUGGAGGCUUUUGGAAACGCCAAAACCCUGAAAAAUGACAACUCGAGUCGAUUUGGAAAGUAUAUGGACAUACAGUUUGACCAUCAGGGAGCAGCUGUCGGUGGCCACAUCUUAAGCUACUUACUGGAAAAGUCAAGGGUGGUCCACCAAAAUCAUGGAGAGAGGAACUUCCACAUCUUCUAUCAGUUAGUUGAGGGAGGGGAGGAUGAGCUUCUUCGCUGGCUUGGUUUAGAGCGAAACUGUCAGAACUACCGCUAUCUUAUUCAGGGAGAAUGUGCCAAAGUGAGCUCCAUUAAUGACAAGAGUGACUGGAAAACCGUACAGAAAGCUCUUACUAUCAUUGAGUUUAGUGAAAAAGAUAUAGAGCAUCUGUUUGCGAUCAUUGCCAGUGUCCUUCAUCUCGGGAAUGUUCACUUUGAGGCCAGUUCUCUGGGUUAUGCCACAUUAAACAGCAGUGCAGAAGUACACUGGCUGUCAAAGUUAUUGGGCAUACCCUCAAACAUGUUACAGGAGGGUUUAACUCACAGGAAGAUUGAAGCCAAAGCAGAAGAGGUUCUAAGCCCUUUUACAGCUGAACAUGCAAAGUAUGCCAGGGAUGCACUUGCCAAAGCCAUCUAUGGCCGCACAUUCUCAUGGCUCGUUAAUAAGAUUAAUGAGUCAUUGGCAAAUAAGGAUUCAACAAGAAAGACAGUGAUUGGACUGCUUGACAUCUAUGGAUUUGAGGUGUUUGAUGUGAACAGUUUUGAGCAGUUCUGUAUAAACUUCUGCAAUGAAAAGCUUCAGCAGCUUUUCAUCCAGCUCACCCUCAAAUCAGAGCAAGAGGAGUAUGAGAUGGAGGGAAUUGAGUGGGAGCCAGUGCCAUACUUCAACAAUAAGAUCAUCUGUGACCUGGUGGAGGAGAAACAUAGAGGCAUCAUAUCAGUACUGGAUGAAGAAUGUCUGCGUCCUGGAGAAGCCACAGAUUUUACAUUCCUGGAGAAGCUAGAGGAGAAGAUGUGCGGUCACCCUCAUUUUGUCACGCACAAAUUGGCUGACCAGAAAACACGCAAGACCUUGGAACGAGGGGAUUUUCGACUCCUACACUAUGCCGGAGAAGUUACUUACUCGGUUGUUGGAUUUCUUGACAAAAAUAAUGAUCUUCUGUACAGGAACAUUAAAGAGGUCAUGCGACAGUCUAAGAACAGUAUUAUCCAGCAUUGCUUCCAUGCUAUUGAACCUGACGGCAAGAAAAGACCUGAGACGGUAGCCACCCAGUUUAAGAACAGCCUCGCAGGCCUCACUGAAAUCCUCAUGACCAAGGAGCCAUGGUAUGUGCGGUGCCUGAAACCCAACCACUGCAAGCAGCCAGAUCACUUUGAUGAUGUCAUGGUGAGACAUCAAGUCAAGUACCUGGGGUUAAUGGAGCACCUGAGAGUCAGGCGUGCUGGGUUUGCUUAUAGGAGAAGAUACGAAGUCUUCCUGAAAAGAUAUAAGGCUCUAUGUCCUGACACAUGGCCACACUGGAAGGGGACACCAGCAGAGGGAGUGCAGCGGCUCAUCAAACACCUUGGCUACAAACCAAACGAGUACAAGAUGGGAAGAACAAAAAUCUUCAUUCGCCAUCCCAGGACUCUUUUUGCCACUGAAGAUGCAUUUGAGGUCUGCAAGCAUGAACUGGCCACAAGAAUUCAGGCCAAAUACAAAGGCUAUAGGGUUAAAGGAGACUACCUGAGGCAGAAAGAAGCAGCUACCAAGAUUGAAACAUGUUGGCGGGGCCUUCAGGCCAGAAAAGAGAGGGAAAGAAGAGCCUGGGCUGUCAAAGUCAUCAAGAAGUUUAUUAAGGGCUUCAUGAACAGGAAUCAGCCAGUAAGCAUGGACAACUCUGAAUAUCUGGCCUUUGUCAGACAGAGCUACCUCACUCGACUCAAAGAGAAUCUGCCAAAAUCGGUAUUAGACAAAACUACCUGGCUGACUCCUCCACCAAUAAUGCAAGAGGCCUCAGUGCUCUUGCGUAAGUUGCACACACGUCUCCUCGUACGGAAGUAUGUUCGAGGGAUCAGUGCACAGCGGAAGGUGCAGCUGCAAAUCAAAGCACUGACCAGUGACAUAUUCAAAGGCAGAAAAGAGAACUACCCUCAGAGCGUAUGCCAACCCUUUGCUGACACUAGGAUAAAUGAACAAGACAUAAACAUGAAAGUCUCGCAGUUGCUUUGUCCUGAGGGCAUUGAGUACAGUGUUCCAGUGAUUAAGUAUGACAGGAAUGGCUUUCGGCCACGUUUCAGACAGCUGAUCUUCACCCAGGCUGCUGCGUAUCUGGUGGAGGAGGCCAAAAUUAAACAGAGGGUGAAUUACAGCUCACUUAAAGGGGUGUCUGUCAGCAAUUUAAGUGACAACUUCCUGAUUCUCCAUGUCACAUGUGAUGACACAAAGCAAAAAGGGGACCUGGUCUUGCAGUGCAGCUAUCUAUUUGAGGCAUUGACAAAAAUCUGUGUAGUGACAAAAAACCACAGCCUUAUCAAAGUUGUACAAGGGAGUGUGAGGUUUGACAUCCAGCCUGGCAAAGAGGGCUUUGUGGAUUUUAAGAGCAGCAGUGAAUACAUGGUCUACAGAGCCAAGAAUGGACACUUGAUGGUGGAAUCUGCACGGACAAAAUCUCGGUGACACGUUUGACCUUUCAAACCUCCUGUACAAUGGCCCAAUUAAUGCAUUUCAGUCAAGUUUAGAUGGAGGCACACAAAUUAAACACUACAAUUUGCCCUAAAAGAACCUACACUCUAGAACAGUGUUUCCUAACCGACUCCCUAAUCAAACAAACACGCUUCUCCGUCCUCUAGCCCGUGACCCGGAAACCAGUCGAACUCAGCCAUCUUGAAGGGCAUCUCAAUUCUCUUAUUUCACUGUGUGGAGGCAAGGAGCAAGGAAGCUUCCUGAGAAGUCAUGAGCGAGGACACACAGGUGUAUCCUUCUCUCACAUCCUAAGGGCGUGGAGCUAAGAUGUGAGGAAAGGAAACGUGGAUGCACAAAUUAGAAAUGAGAAGCACCCAAGGACUAGGGUUGGGAAACACUAAAAUGUAAAAUUAUUUUUCAAGGGACAAAUCAUGAAAUAUCAUUGUAAUUUAUUCACCUAGAGGAAAAGGGAAACAAGUCGGACUGGUGUAUGAAGUAGUUGGAUUUUUAUUUUUUUAUUUGUUUUGUUUGUAUAAUAGCAGGUUAAAUUCUGUAUUUUAGUUGUAUACUUUACAUUGUCUUUGUUGUGUAUUUUAUAAGCCCAUGUUUUGUUGUAAACAUCCAACUUUUAAUGUAAAUUGCUAAGUUUUUUAUCAAAUUAAUUGAGUGUGUCUUGGAUCGUGAUAAUUGUGCAUGUUUCUGAUAGACAGAAUAUAGAAAAUGAGUUGCUUCAAAGCACAAACCUUUUUUCCCCAAAUGAAGUUGAUGUGUUAAUUUAAUUUGUUAAUAUUUGAAAAUCAUAAAAGGUAACUGUUCAGUAAAAAAAAGCAAAUAUGUGUGCAAAAACAAAAAUUAUCGAAAUACUGUGUCAAUUUUGUUAGUGUAUUCUUUAUCCCAUACUGCCAAAACCUCACAACAUAGGGCAUGCCAUUGUCUGCUUUGCACUGACAAAUAUAUAACAAAUAUCUGAAACACUGGCGCAACAAUGCAUGCAUGUAGACAUACACAUCAUUUGUUUAUACAAUCAAACAUAAAAAUGCCAUUUGAUACGAGACAGAACACAUGUAAUAUCUGCAUAUAGAUCUAAUAAUUAUAAGUCCACAACAGGCAGUUGUUGUCCUUUAAAUACUUUAUCUAGCCUAGUGCAUUCAAAUUUCUGUAGCUGUUGCGGUGUUAAAAUACAGAAAACAUUAGCAUUUGUAUAACUUCAUAUAAUCAAGAUGUUUGACUAAUUUUAAUGAUUAUGAAUCAUAAUUUUUUUUAAAAGUGUUGUGAUGUCUUUGUCUCCCCCCCUGCAAAUUCAGUUCAGCCAUGUGUAAACUAUUUGUAUUAUGACUGCAGUGAUCAGAAGAUAAUAAAGUGGUUCAUUAUUUA